AUGUUAUCAAGAACAAUUAGGGAGGCUUGGGCACAUGAACAAUCUGAACGACCAAGCACUUAUGUUUUAAUAUCGAGCUUAAAGAAUGAUCCAUUUGAACGUGAUGAUAUUUCUCCUCUUAUUCCUCCAUUAGAGGAUGGUCUUAGGGCUUAUAGAGAACGAGAAUGCUUUGAAAUCCAUGCUGAACCUGGUUAUCCUAAUUGCCAAGUAUUGGAAAGGUUACUACUUAAAAUAAAGGGCAAUAGAAGCAAUGCACAACUAUUUGUGAUGUUAGAAGCUAAUAGUGACAGAGUUCCAUGCCUGAAUAAAGCCGUUAUUAAUGGAAAUCAUUGGCUGUGGCGAUUUAUUCUUGAAUGGAAAACUUGGCACUAA